AUGGAAAUUCGCUUCCCAAAGCUGCUGCUCAAGAGUUCGACUCCUCGUCGCACUCAAACUUCAACAUGUCAGGUACUAGGCACCCCUUAUCGACAGGAUGGUCACAGUCGAAUCCAAGUGAGGCAUACCCCCAGCUUGAAUCGGAAAAGCCCCGUUGUGUGGGUGAUGGAACCAAACGGAUUCUCGCAACACCACUCGCACUAUAUGCCUGCUGGGAUAGAAGAGGACAGGGAAGGAUUGAACUUCCUUUUAGCGUUUUUAUGGGACCUAGCCAGUGUCAGUCUCGUGUCAAUUAGGUUAUCUUUAUCAUUGCCAACAAUCUCCUUGCUCGACUACAUCGAUUCACUCCCUUUGAUCACAAUGCGCUUCUCCAAUUUCGUCCCGUUCUUUGCAGCGUCGAUUCUUGCUGAGGAUCAGGGCAAAGGUUGCAACCCAAACAAAUACACCAUGGGAUGCUCAGGCUUGAAUGUUGUAAAAUGUUACACUUGGGAAGGCCGAACUAGUCCAACUUGGAACUUUCGUGUGAGAAAGUAUGCUGCAAUGGCAUUUGCACAGACACCAAGAAGGGUUGCUAGUUGCAAUAGUUAUUCGAUGUCGCUGCCCCCCUCAUCGAGUGCUGGCAGAUUGGAUAUCAAUCAAAGGCAGGGAUUAUUCAUACGAAGCUCGGCUAGAAUAAGCAUGGAUUACCCUCUCCUGCCUAAUGCUCAGAUCAAGCUGACACUUUUGGCUGAACCGAAAUUACGCGUAAAGCUGGACCCUAACGAGGCAAUAACAUUAUCGAGCAGCAGUUAG